AUGUUCAUGCUGGGAAAGAACCUGCACCAGCUGGACAGCUCUUACAAACAGAAGGAGCUCAAUGUGUUGAUAGCCAAUGCGGCCAUGUUCCGCCUACAAGCUGUGCACAAGUAUGUGUGUCUCGAGCUUCAAGGCAGGGAAGACUUGGAAGCUCACAUCAGCGUAGUCCUAAAGGAACACAAGUUUGAGCUGUGCUGGGCUGAGACAGAACUGGGCCGGACCCACAGCCCGAGACAGGAACUGGAGCAGGAGGAGCAGAAUUUCAUGGCCCGGCAAGAGAAAGAGAGCAGAAGAAUGCAGAUAGAGAAGAACGCUAUAAAAAGGGCCAGACAGCAAGCAAUGCGUGCCAGAAUGAAGCAGGAGGAAGCUUUGCAGGAGCAGGCAAAGCUUCAUGAGAAAAGACUGGAGCAAGCCAUGGCUAGCAAAAUGAAAGCAGACGUCUACCUCAAACAGACUCUAAACAAGAUCUAUCAGAAAGAGACAGAGGAGGAAGAGAAGAGGAAAGAGGUGCUGAAAAAAAGACUGGAUGCUGCAAUGUCAUUGAAGGCCAAUAUAGCAGCCAACCGGGAGACUCUAAGAGCCCGGCUGGCUCGAGAGAAGGCCCAUGCUCAAAAACAGAGAGAGGAGGAGAAAGGAAAGCUAGAGUCACUGCAAGCAGAGGGAAUGUACAGAAUGAAGCUUCUGUACCAGCAGAAAAAACGAGACGAAAUUGACAAAAUGAAACAAAAAUUUGAUGAAAAUCACAGAAACAGAUGGAAAGGGAUUGUCUCAAAGUUACUCUUGGAAGAGGAAAGGCAUAAGAGAGAGGAAUCUCUGCUUUUUCCUCCGGUGCCCUCAAAGUCAAAGAAGACCUUGACCAGCGAGAGGAGUGAUGUCAGCUCCUCUCUGGAUGAGGAGGAAGACACUGAAGAGGACCUAGGACUACAAGAGACUUUGGCUCAGUCUGAAUUUACAGGGCUCUGGGACCAAAAACCCAGAGCCUACACGAGCACACAGGACCAAGAAACCUUGCCAUCCAUUCUUAAGCUGGAUAAGGCGACUCUGUUAUCACCAGCCAAAAAAUCUGUGUCUGGGAAAGAAUUUAAAAGUCAAGCAUUCUUGAGCAAGCCAAAGGUCAUCCACUUUAAGAACUUCGACGUUGGAAAGACAUACAAGAAGAAGGCUGUCCUGACCAAUGUCACAGAUGCCACUAAUUACUGCCAGCUGCUGGGUGUCUCCGAAAAUUUGGCUGAUUUUGUCUCGAUAAUCUUUGAGCCUCCUGGCCCCGUGUCUCCAGGACUGACUUGUCAACUGGAAGCUGUUUUUACACCAAUGAUAAACGAGGAUUUGGAUGGUGAGGUUCAGUUUCAGUCAGCGACUGGACCUUUCUCAGUGGUCGUUAAGUGCUCUAAAAAAACCUGUAAUAUGGUGGUUGAUAGCAGUUUCAUUGACUUUGGCGCCCAUGUGGUAGGACAGACAAUUUCACGGACAAUCACCCUGACCAACAGGGGGGCUAUGGGUACUCACUACACCCUGGUCCCUAUUUCCUCCAAUCCCUCUCAGCUCCAGGGUAUAUCCCAGCAUUCCUCUAUCAGCUCACAGGUGCCGGCUGACGUUAGCAGUGCUGAGAUCUGUGAUUUGCAGAAUAAUGCGGUGCCCCAGGAAUCAGGAGGGGCCACUCACACACUGCUCAGUUUGUCAGCAUGUGCGACUCAUGUUAGCGUGGAGGCUGAUGGAGCAGGCUCAGGUCCAGAAGUCAGUCUCACUGAGGAGAACAACUCGAAGGAAAGCUGUUAUCCCAGUGAGAUCAACAUCGGAGAGAUAACAGAGGGAGAAGUUGGCCCCUUCGCCAGCGUCAAGAUACCCGUCGUUUUCACACCCACCAUUCCAGGGGAGGCAUAUCUGGACCUCCGCAUCCUGUUCUCCCAGUCCGACUGUGAUCCGGUGGUGGUAAACAUGCGUGGAGAGGCUGUGGCUGCCCUUGUCUGGGUGUCACGGCCAAACAUUGACCUGAAGGUCUGUUUGUUUGAUCGGCCGUGUGGGGACCUCAUUGAGGUCCACAGCAGGGCAAACAGGAGUCUGAAGUUAACCUUCAAAGUGUGUAAGGAGUUGAAGAACCACCUGGAGAUUCUCCCUAAGUCAGGCCACAUCCAAGCCAGGUCCAGCUUCAAGGCGAAACUCAAAUUUAAACCCAGAUGUACCUUGCCUGAGGAUGCAAAGAAUUUUUUUGACAAAGAAACAUGUGUACUGGAAGUUCCUUUGACAAUCCAAGUAAGAGAUCAGGUACAACCUGUGCGCUUUACCCUCCAUGGCAUUGUCACAACUUCAGACCUGGAGUUUGACUGCACCAAGGUCGACUUUGGCCACUGCUCCAUCUAUGGAUCCGUGAAGAGGACUGUGCGACUCACUAACCGUUGUCUUCUGCCCCAGGACUUUGGCUUUUUGCACAUACCUGAGUUCAUGGACGUCCAGCCUGGAGAUGGAUUUGGGACUAUUCUCCCUCAACAAACCCUGGAGAUAGAUCUGAUUUUUAGCCCCCCCAAAGCUGGAGAAUUCAAGUUUCAACUGAACUGCAAAUCAGGCAUAAACAGGGACUUCAUGCUGUCAUGCUACGGGAUUGGCGUUCACCCUCCGCUGGUACUCUCUGACUCACUGGUAAAGUUCAAAGCCACUGCAGUUGGAGACAAAUGCACAGUUGUGCUGUUUGUGGUGAACUCCCACACCAGUGCCGAUGAGUUCUCGGACUCAGUGCCUCGCAUCGGUAACGGUCCCAUUGCCCCCGUCGGACCGCGACUGUUUUCCUUUGUUGUUCCGGAAAACUCUGAAAUCUCAGUGUCACCCACCUCAGGACUGGUUCUGCCCGGAAAGAGGUGCCUGGUCCAGGUCACGUUCAGUCCGUCCCUGUCUGACAAUGUGAUCAGGGCGGAAGCGUUGAGGUUGAAACUCAAACGUAAGAAAGAGCUGCCUAAUGAAAAUCAUGCACAGCACAAAGUGAAGGAAAAGAAGAGGCCAUCAUCAAAUCAGGCUUCAGGAAAGCAGCGGGUGAAAGAGAGCAGCAAAGUGCCUGAGACCCCACGAAAUGUCAGCCCGCACAAAGCCCCCAGUCCGGACGACAUUCAUAAAGACUCAGACGAAUAUGCAGCUGCAAAAGCCUCGCUGCACCGAUCGUUUACAAGACGAUUUACCAGUUAUGCCAUUCCCUGUUUUGUGUCUGAUGUAUACACUACAAACAAGGGAGACACAGAGGAGCCUACAUUCAGUCCCUAUAACACUCUGCACCUGGAACUGCAUUGUCCAGCGGUCACACCCAGUCUAGUGGUCACGUCAGACAACGGCCGCACACACGUCGACUUCGGCCGAGUGCUCGUGGGAGAGAGAGUUUUGAAGAGGGUGUCAGUUCAGAACAUUUCAGAGGAGCCUGUGGAGUUGACAUCUUCAGUGCUGGACCUCAGCGAAGUGUUCCUGCUGGUGAAUGCACUGAGACCGCUGAGUCCUGGACACACACAUACACUCGUGCUGGCCUUCACACCCGCCAAGGGCAAAAAGUAUCGUGAGAAUCUGCAGCUGCGCUGUAGUAAAAUGAAUUUAGAGUUGACUCUGUGUGGAGAGGGCAUAGAGCCUAUCAUUACCUGCUCUCACCCAGGAGAGCUCAUGGACUUUGGUUUCGUCCUAGAGAAAGACAUCUGUUCACAGGUGUUUCAGCUGCAGAACACUUGCUCUCUGCCUGUUAGGUUUCAGGUGCUCCUGGCCAGCCUCUCUCCUUUCAAACAUAGUGAUCCACAACAGCUCCCCAUCCUAUAUUCCAUAUAUACUAGGUCACAGAGAGCUGUGGGCACGCAGAACCACAGUGGUAUGUGUGUCUUCAGUGUGUCACCGGUAGGGGGCACUAUUCCCCCAGGGAAAACUCAAGAUCUCACAGUCUCUUUCAGCCCUGACCACGAGAGCACGCUUUACUCUGACAUACUCACUGUGGAACUCAUGAACAAGCAAACAGUCUGUGUAUUGGAUCUCAAAGGCACUGCUUGGCGUAACCCAAUGUUUGUGAGUGGAGGGGAUCCAUUAAACACACAAACCGAAUUCGACACCCACCAUCCCCUCCUUAUGGGAACUUCUUCAGUCAAGGCACACACAGAAGUUGAGAAGUUGCCCAUUCCUGUGUUAGUGACACUGAGAAGUGUGUGCAGUGAGGGACUUGUGUGUCCAGCUCAGCGGGAGCUAGAGGUGGGCUUUAUCCGCACCAGCCAGCCAGUGACCAAAAAGAAUGUGGAGUUUUAUUGGGAGAAUUUAUCUGCGCUGCAAUCGAAGGGCUUCAGUGUGAAGCCGACUAAAGGAUCGGUAGACGCUGGGCAGACACGUACCAUCACUGUGACGUGGACGCCCCCUCGUGGCUUGAAACCUCUUGAAGUGGUUCAGUCGUGUGCUGCUCUGACAUUGAAAGGAGAAGAAACAGAAGUGUAUAAUGUCACUCUGAUGGCCCUUGUAUCUCCGCACAGACGCUGA